AUGGAGCUUACCAUGGAAAACCUGCACAGCGUGUCGUCUCACCCCCAUCAGGCCGGGGACCUGAUGAGCUCCUCGCACGCACGGCCAUCGCCGUCUCCCAUCAGCUCUGCGCCCCGGAACCUGCAGGUCUCGCACGGUGCCGGUGCGCGCUCCGCGGCCAUGGUGUCCGGCAUGGCCUCCCUGCUCGAGGGCUCCGGCGGGGACUACCGGACUGACCCGUCCACGCUGUCCGGACACCUGCACCCGUCCAUCACCAUGUGCGAGACCGGCAUGAGCCUCAGUAACACGUACACCACCCUGACACCCCUGCAGCACCUACCUCCGAUAUCCAGCGUGGCGGAGAAGUUUCACCCCCAUCACUCGCAUCACCACGCUGCAGCCGCGCACCAGCGACUCUCCACCGGGAAUGUCAGCGGAAGCUUCACCCUCAUGCGAGACGACCACCGCGGACUUACCUCCAUGAGCAACCUGUACAGUCACUACCCCAAGGAGAUGUCCGUGUCCGGCAUGGGCCACCACGGCUCUCUCUCCCCGCUGUCCGGAGGUCUGGGCUCCCUGCACAACUCCCAGCAGUCGCUGUCGGCUUACGGCCACAGCGCGCACGGUCUCUCCGCCGACGCCAAAAUGCUCUCUCCGGUGUCGGGGUUUGAAUCUCACGCGUCCAUGCUGUCCCGAAGUGACCAAGAGCAUUUGGCGAGGAGUUUAGGGGGACAUGGCCACGGUAUGAUCUCUAACCUAAACGGCAUGCACCACCACCACCACCCGCACGGACACCUCCACUCCCAGGCGAACGGGGCGGUGAUGCUGGCCGACAGGGAGAGGCACGGUCACGGGGCCGGCCAGGGAGUAUCGGGGUCAGGGAUCCAGGCCGAGGAGAUCAACACCAAGGAGGUGGCUCAGAGGAUAACGGCGGAGUUAAAGCGGUACUCUAUUCCGCAGGCCAUAUUCGCCCAGAGGAUCUUAAGUCGGUCGCAGGGCACUCUCUCGGACCUGCUGCGGAACCCCAAACCCUGGAGUAAGCUCAAGUCGGGCCGGGAGACCUUCAGGAGGAUGUGGAAAUGGCUGCAGGAGCCCGAGUUUCAACGGAUGUCUGCUCUGCGACUGGCUGCAUGUAAGCGCAAGGAAGAGGACCGGGGACGGGAGCGCAGCCAGGUGCCAAAGAAGCAGCGACUGGUCUUCACCGACCUGCAGCGUCGCACCCUGGUAGCCAUCUUCAGGGAGAACCGCCGCCCCUCCAAGGAGAUGCAGAUCACCAUCUCCCAGCAGCUGGGUCUGGAGCUCACCACCGUCUCCAACUUCUUCAUGAACUCCCGCCGCCGCUGCCCGGACCGCUGGGACGCGGAGGAGCCCGGCCACGGCCCGCACGGCCCGCACGGAAACCCGCACGGCCCGCACGCUCCUCACGGAAACGGCGGCAAUAACAGCGCUUCGCCGAUCCAACCCGGCACCUCCUCAGCAAACACGUUUUCCAAGGCCUGA